GUUGGAAUAAUCUUAAUAACUCCCAACUUUCUCUUUUUUAGCCACAUAGAGAAAAUUACAACUUGGCAAGAUCCUCGAAAGACUAUGACCCAGCCAUUAAAUCACAUGAGCCAUCAUCCUUCAACCACUUCCACCCCAGUAUCACAACGAUCAAUGGCCAUGUCGCAACCCAACCUUGUAAUGAAUCACCAGCACCAGCCACAGAUGACACCAACUACAACUAUAUCUCAGCAGAACCACCCUCCCCCAAACCCUCAAGCUGCCUUAUUGAACAUGCCAAAUGCCUUGACUUCCCAGCAACAACAGCAGCAGAAACUGAGGCUUCAGAGAAUCCAGAUGGAAAGAGAGAGGAUUCGCAUGCGUCAGGAGGAACUCAUGCGUCAGGAAGCUGAUUUGUACCGACAACUUCCCAUGGAAUCUGAGAACCUUGCCCCAGUUCAGACUGCUGUGAGCACACCUAGCAUGACACAGGACAUGAGAUCUAUUACAAAUAAUGGGUCAGAUCCCUUUCUGAACAGUGGGCCAUACCAUUCCAGGGAGCAGAGCACAGACAGUGGCCUAGGCUUAGGAUGUUACAGCAUACCGACUACCCCUGAAGACUUCCUCAGCAAUGUAGAUGAGAUGGACACAGGAGAUAAUGUAGUACAGACUUCCAUGAAUGUCAACUCCCAACAGACCCGCUUUCCUGACUUCCUUGACUGUCUUCCUGGAACAAAUGUUGACCUUGGGACAUUAGAGUCCGAAGACCUGAUCCCCAUCCUUAGUGAUGUGGAAUCAGUCCUCAACAAAAAUGAACCUUUUCUUACCUGGUUGUAACUGAUAACCCAACAUUUCCUUUCCCUCUAGAAUUUAAUGCCAAGCCUCCUCAAGUCCUUCAGCUAACCAGCCUAAUCCUUUGCUGACUUUUCCAACCCCUUUAUAGGUCAAUGAAUCUUGAUUGGGAUGUCAUUGACAAUAACUUACAUUUGAAAUAUAUACAAAUACAAUUUACAUCCAUCCCUAGUUUUAAGGAGUAGAAUUGCUUAUAGAUAUUAAAUGUAAGUUUUACCUAGAUGUGUUUUGAGGAGACAAAGGGGUGGGGUUUGUUUGUUUGUUUUGCACCAUGUCUGAACUGAACGGUCAUCAGUUACAAUUAAGUGUGUAAUUAAGGAAAUGGAAGACAGUGAUGACUGUAAGAAGUUUCAGUCUGCAGAAGUUAGCUUGGUUCUGAAAACCUAGCACACCAUCAAAUACAGCUCUGUGAUUAUAUUUAAUGGUCAUUGCACCAAAUGCUUGUUAUUUACAUAAGUUUUAAAAAUCAUCAUUAUUUUAAAUAAACUCACACUGUAGGGAAUACAGCUUUUUUCUUUUUAAUUCCAAGUCAACCAGAGAGCAACUUUUUAAAAACCUGCAAAGCACAAACAGUACUUUUGGGACUUUUUCAGUUGCUACAUGGUUUCUAGUAAGCAAAAGUGAAAUGUUUUAACUGUUGUUUUUACACUACCACUGUAUCAUAAAAUGAAACAGGUUGAUACUAAUUGCUGCCAUUUUUAAACUAUGUAGAAAAUGAAAAAAAUGCAAUUAUAUAUGUUACGUUCUUUUUUACUUUCAUUUUAAAGAAGUACACUUUAUAUGUAGCUGUUUUAAAAACUA